CAUGGUGUGUCGCGUUCCUCCGCAUCAGCAAUGUGAAUUUCUGAAAUAAUUAAUUAUGUGCUUUGGAAUACUAGUUUAAGGAGUUUCUACAUCAUAUGUGCCAGUCGUACAAUUGUUGCAGGCGUUUUAGGAAGGAGAGACUAUUCCAUGGAUAUAUUAAUUUCUGGCUUGUAAACAAACUGAAGGAAGCAUUACCGUGACAUAAUUGUGGAGUCCAGCACAAUGCACAGGCCUGUCGUGUGGUAUCCCUAUAACCAAAAGGCAGCCGCCUAUGAAUCGUCUCAGAACUGUCCUACCAGACCCACCUUGACUCAAAAUAACUUUGAGCCUGCUUCAAAUCCGCUUGAUGGCAGAACGAACCACUUUUCUGGGUUACCAGGAGCAUCUCUUCAGAACACCUCCAAAAAUUGGCAGGCAUCAAAAAAUGUUCAGGUUAAUAGUAACUUUCACUAUGGCAGUGCAGCUACAGAGUCUUCUAUUCAGAACACAAACCGACCACCCAUUGCCAGUGAAAGAGGGCAAACAAGUGACUCAGCUGCACUCCAGGCUUUUGCAAAACUAAGUUCUAAGAUCAGUGCAUCUUCUAAACCAGUAUAUACUGAAAGCACGUCACAUUACCCAAAUGGAUUGUAUUACAUGACCGUUCCAGUGACUACAAGUAAUCAGAAUAUUACAGGUGGAAACUCUGGACCAUUGACGUCUACCCAUGUGGGCCAGCAAAAUUUCUUUUCAAACAAUCCUUCAUCACUAGUAAACUACAAUGUAAGUAAUCCUCCGACGACUCAAGUUGCAGCAGGUAAUCCUGUUAAUACAAAUAGAAAUUCCAUGUCCGGAUUGCCAUCUUCCCAGAUGGGAAAACUUAAUUACUUCUCAACCCAGCAAACUUCUGGAAGCAAUAAAAAUGUUUCUCCGAAUGUCACAAUCACACCAAACAAUCGGAUUACAAAUGUAAUUUAUUCUCCAGUCAUGUCAUCUUCCCAGGUCGGACAGUACAGUUACUAUACAAACAGUUAUCGGGGACAUCAUGGAAAUGAUACUCGGAAUAUCCCAGGGACGCCAAGCAAUUGGGGAGUAGCUGCAAGUCCUGCCCAGGUGGGACAACAUUUCUAUGCAAGCCAGCAAGCGUCACUGGCACCAGAAUACCACAAUAGAAAUGGUCAUCAGGCAAAAUAUGAUACUAUAAGGAAUGAAAAAGCAGCUGCGGUGUCCUCCCAGAUGGAGCAUGACUGUACAAACAGGUUAUCCCCACAAGGACCAGUGAACUGCAGUCCUGACAGUAUUCAGAAAAUUGCAGUCGGAAAUGCAGCUCCAGAUUCGAGUUCCGUCAUGGUGGGACAACAAAUGUGUUAUUCAAACCAGCAAUCUUCACUCCUGCCUAUGAACUACAAUAGAAAUUUUGCUCGGAAUAUCUCAACUGUCAACAAUCCAGAUACACCUGGAAGUUCGGAUCCAGUGACGAUGUCUUCCCAGGUGGAACAACAAAGUUUUUAUUCAAACCAGCAAGCCACUCUCUUUCCUGUAAAUCAGAAUGUAAAUGGUGCUCACAGUAUCCAAGUGACUCCUAAAAAUCCUGUUACAACAGAAAACUCUGCUGUUAUGGCGUCUUCCCAGGUUGGACAACAAAAUUAUUAUUCAAACCUGCAAGCCAUGCUUGGUCCUGUAAAACACAAUGUAACUAUUGCUCACAGUAUCCCAGUGACUCCUAGAAAUCCUGUUACAUCAGAAAACUCAGCUGCUGUUGUGGCGUCUUUCCAGAGUAGACAACAAAAUUAUUAUUCAAAACAAGAAGCCAUGCUUGGUCCUGUAAAACACAAUGUAAAUGGUGCUCAAAAUAUGGCAAUGAUACAGAAAUAUCCUGUUACAACUACAAACCAUUUGGGACAGCGUGCCUACCAGCAAUCCUCUCUAGGACCAGUAAACCACAAUGGGAAUGGUGUGGAAAAUAUUUUGGGGACAGCAAGAAAUGAAGUGACUUCCAGAGUAUCUAACCUUGAUUCAAACCAAAAAUCUUUACUAGGCCCAGAAAGCCACAAUACCAAUGGAACACUGGAAACUAAAUCUACAGCGACAGAUCGUAUCUCUACCAAUGUAUUUGACUUAUUGCAGUCUCAUCUUUUGAAGCGGUAUAAACAAUCUAGUGUUUCAUCAGGAUAUAAAAAGAGUCAACAACCUGCUGCUGCUGCGAAAUCCAAAGAAAAACAUCCACCACCUCCAUACCCAAAAGCACAAGAAGAAGCCUUCUUGGUUACAGUGAAAAAAAAAUCUGGGGGAGUAGGGUUUGUUGCUAAAAAUGUGAUCUAUAUUGGCAGAAAUCAUUCUGGUGGAAGCACACCACCACAGACCUGCUCUACACAGCACAUGACUGACAGAAGUCAAACAUUGCAACCAACUCCCCAGAAUGUGUCUCCAGGUACCGCUACAAAAGCUGAAAACAUUCAACAUAUUGGUCAGCUUAUUAACAAAAACAACGUAGAGCAAUUUACAACUCAACAUACCUCUGCAACUGUUAAGCGAAUAGAGACUAUUUUGUCUAAAGAGAAUCUGUGUAAAUCUACCAGCCAGCAAACUCCUGUAGAUGUCCAGGAGAAUAACCUUUCUCUGCAAACUAAUAGAGACACUUUUGUAGGAGAGCCGAUGACAAAUACUACAGUGGCCACAUACACCCAUCCAGCCGAACAAGUGGAUCUAUCUUUGAGGAGUCAACUACAAAAUGAUGUGAUGGAGGCCAUCCACAGCAUUUUAACACAACAAACUGACUGUCAAACAGCAAAGCCAUCCACUGCAGAGGCAAACUGUUCCAAUAAUAUGACAACUGCAUUGGUUCAGGAGAACAGUGAGCAUGUAAAUGGACAGGAAGCCAAAAUUGCAUCUUCGGUAAGCAACCAAGAGGAUGCAAAUGUAGAGAAUGCAUCGCCUUCUGCUGAAGACGAGGAGCUAAAACAAAGUUUGAUUGCUAAGCUCUUACGCGGCUCGUGCUUGCCAAGAACAAGUGAGCCACAAGUUGCGAUUGUUCCUCCAAUAUCGCAGCAAUGCACAGAUACUGCGUACAAACCAGAAUUUGAGGAAACAGAUAAUGAUUUGCCAUUUAAAAUCACAAAUGUCUGUUCCCUAGCAGAAGCAAACUUUGAUUUGAAACCAAAAGCUAAUUUCAAGACAAAUAGUCCAGUAACUGACUCAAAAGAUCAAAGAGAGCCUGCAUCAUCCUUUACAGUAGCUUACUCUACUACUGAACCUUUAGAAGAUAGAAUGGAUGAAAUGUUUCCAGGCUCUAUAUCCAACGAUGUUAAAGCUCAAUCAAAUGGCAAUGAAUGUGUGGUUUCUGAAACUCUUCCAGGGCCUGAUGAAGAUCUGGAGGUACCAUUAUGCACCAUUUCACAAGUUGUCUCCUAUUCACAAUUUCAAAAUGUAACUAUAGACAAUCAAGUACCUAAAACCGAGGAUUUAGAAGCUCCAAUUUGCACAAUUUCACAAGUUGUCUCAAUGGCCCAAUCUCCCAGUUCAACUUCUGACAGCGUUCUGGUAUCCGUAACAAAAGAUCAAUCUGCACCAGCUGACGAAAUUUCAGAAAAUGAUCCAGUGUCUGCUACAAAAAGCAAUAAACUGAGUUACAGUAGGGGAGUUGAAAUCCAUUCAAGCCUUUCCUCCUUGGAAUCUGAUGCAGCAAUUGAUGUUUUUGACUUGUCUACUGUACCAGUAAAUUCAUGGUCUCUCAAGCUGUUAAGAGUUUUAAUUGAAACUUUUUACAAAUCUGAAGAUCCUGUUCAGUCACAGAUGUGUGUUGUGGAAAGUAUUAUAAAUCUGUACUGGGGUGGAGAAAGUGAAGCCUUUAAUAAAGACUUCAAAAAUGCAAAUAAUACUAUGAUUUCCAUGUUCAAAUUUUGGCAUUUUACCAAUACCAACCAGCAAGAAGAGCAUGAGGCCAAUUGUUCAACUGUAGGAUCAGAUGCAUCGGAACAUUUGUUUUAUGAAGUGAAGCCAGAAUGGUUCGAGAAAAUAGCAGAUCAAUGUCGGAUUAUGGAACCUGGGGCUUCUGAAUCUGUUGAUCUGGUUUAUAAGUCAUCUUGGUUAAAUCUUAAUGAGCACUUUGAUAUAGACGAAGAAUGUGGAAACCUAUUAUCCCUGAAUUUCAGAGACUGUACUGGUGAAGUGAAACAUCAGAAGACAGAUGUAGAACCAGACCUUCAUGCAAAUGGGAACGAGUCAGUUCAUAGCGAAGAACAUGAGGACCCUUUAGAUCUGUAUUCAACACAGGAAAAUAUUGAAACCUCUACUGUAGUUGAUCACACGAGCACUGCAAAACCUCAAGAGACAGAUGCAGAACCAGACCUUCAUGCAAGUGAGAAUGAGUUGGUUAGUAGCAAUGAAGAGGAGGACCCUUUAGAGCUGUAUUCAGCACAGGAAAAGAAUGGAACAUCUUCUGUAAUUGAUCUCACUGACUCUGUAAUUGAUCUCACUGACAUUGUCGAGCCAAUAUUUAAUGCACAGAUAAGAGUAUUGGAACCUCAGGAUGCAAGGAUGUUUUUUAGUGAAGUCUGCAAAAAAAAUGGCAAUCAACAGGAAAUGGUUAGUACCACUACUGUAUUAAAAACAACAGAGUAUGAAAGUACCUCUGAUGAAAUUUACUGCUGUCUUUCCUGCUGGAUAGGUAAAAUGAGUGGCUGCGAGUCCAAAUGCACACGGCGAGCAAAGGUUCAAUUAAACCUUGAAGACCUGACUCCAAAAAAUAAAGAGACUGUAUACAUAAACCUUGAACUAGAACAUGAAUCGCCCAAACGACCUGUAGAAAAUGUUCCAAUACUAUCUUCACCUGAAGAUUCCUCUCCAGAAAAAGGGACCCCAAAAACCCCAAAUGAUUUGAUAGUCAAGCUGCUUGGCUCCACACCAGAUUUAAGAGAAGAGUCCAUGAAUCUAAGUAAUUCAGGUGCUGUGAAGAAUACAAAUGAAAAAUGCGAAGGAUUGGUUUCUUCAGAAGCGGGCAGUUCUACAGAUGAUUCCACAGAUGACAAUGUGAAACCCUUAAACAAUUCAAAGAUAGAAAGCCAGAGUCUUCACAAAAGGCUAACUCAGUUGCAGCUCCCGUUUAAGAAAAAGAGACCUGCUGCCAGUGACUUGAGUGAGAACAGCUGUGCAGUGAAGAGACUAAAGCAUCAUGAUGCCGAUCAAGAGGCCAGUAAGUCUCCUACAAUGAGCAAGGAGCAUGAAGGAAACUGUAAGCAUUACACGGAGGCAGGUAUGGCUCCAGUGAAAACUACAGGGAGUCUUCAAUGCAAGUUUGCUGUUUCUGAACAGAAAGGUGAACCAAGUCAUGAAAGAAAACGUAGGAGAGAAAAAGAAAAUCUGAAAAGUAGAAAAUCAAAGAGUGCUAAAAUGGAUAAUUCCAAAGACUAUGUGGUAUCCAAGACAAAGAAAGCUGAACAAGCUGCGACUGCAAACGACAGUACAGUAAAUCUGGUGUUGUUUGGUUCAAAAAACAAACAAGGGUCUGAACAGCCAAGUAGUUCAUCUAAAAGUGCAGUUUUGAGUCCUAAAAUUCCAAGACCCUUUGGUAACCGAAUGCGUCCCCCUAAAGUAAUCAGUUUAAAACUUCCUUUGAAAAGGACAGAUGAAAAAAGAAAAUCUGCAAAAUUUGUUGAGAAUGGAAGUGGCUACAAGGAGCAUUCAAAAAAAAGAAAGGAAAGGAAGCAUGAUUCUAAAAACCUGGAUGGAAAAUAUAAAUGGAAGCCAGGCAGUUCUGAACACCAGAGUAUGAAAAAAGAUGGUCCUUUUGAUAAGUCCUUGGCUUAUUACAGAAUCCCUUCUCUCAAGAUAUGGAGUCCAAGCAAGCACAAGUCCAAUGAGCAAUCUUCACACACGAAUGUGGGAAACACAAGUUUGAAACCAAAUACAUCGGAUUACAGGGCAGUUCAGUAUCUAUAUGAGAGAAAUCCUUCAAAAGGCAGCAUCUCAAAAGAGAUUUCCAAAACUGACUUUAGAAAAGCCCAAAUGUCCAGUCAUGAAGCCAAUAAAAUAGCAUUUAGAAAACUUAAACUGAAGGAUGGUGAGCGAGCCAAGAGGUCUGGACAGCUUAAUCAAAGGAAAGUGCCACCCAUACGUUUAAUUAGGAAACCAAAGCAGCCCCCCAGUCUUCCAGAUGUUGAACAGCAGGGUAAAUUGAAGCGAGAAAGACCCUCUGCUGGAAAAGUUCUGUCUUCUGAUGCUCCAGCCUUGAAAGAACAGAAACUAUUGGAGUUCAAGCUCUGGCCUGAAACCUCGUCUAAUUUGUUCAACUUCAAAGACAAUGCAGAUUUAAAAACAGAAAAGAGUGCUGUGGGAGCUGUUGAUCAAAAGACAGGAAGCUCAAAAGCAACUUCAGUAUUAAAAUGCAGCCCAACGACACUGCCCUGGAAAGUCAAAGGUUACUGGAUACAGAAGAGUGAUAUUUGCACACCUCUUCAAGACCAAACUCCCUGUAAAGGAGGUCUCAAAUCUCCUACUAGCCCUGACCUUGGUAAAACGUCUGCCAACUGUACUUUCCUGGAGUACAAAAAGAAAUUUAUGGAGAAGGAAAACAAGGUUCAUGUAGCUUGAUGCACUGCUCUGAGCACUGGAAAGAAACUAUUUGACUGCCUUAAAUGCAUCUUCUGCAGAUUUAACUGGGGGGGGGUUGGGGUUAUGUUCCUCUUGUGUUAAAUGUCUGAUACCUGAAGGUCUGCAAGAACUAGGUAUGUAUUCAUAUAUACUGUGUAUAUCAAAAUGGGUGCAAGGUUUUCUGGACCUUUUUUUUGUUUUAAAGUGUUACUUUGGCUUUGCUGAAUUUUUCAGCUUGAAAUGUCUAAAAGUUUGAUGUUACGAAAUGUAAAGAUUAGGGUUUGCUUCACAAUUACGUGAUUAUGGUUGGAAUUUACUUGCCAGUACACAUUUAUUAUUCCUUUUUAAUGUUUUUCAAUGGAAUAGUAUUUGCUAGGAACCAGUCUGAGAAGUGUUUACUUGGCCUUAUGUAAUGUUUUAUUUUUACUUUUUAUAAUUUCUUUGUGUUAAUUGCUUUUCAUAAAUAUGUGCAACAUUGUAAAUCUUUUUUGCGGCCAAAACUUUAUGUAAAAGUCUUUUUUGUAAAAGUUUUUUAUUGUUUU